GCGGCGGCAGCAGCAUCAAAGAGCCUCGAUUCUUGCCGCCCUGGGAGCCAUGCGCUGCUGUCUGUAAUGUCAGCGGAACAGGAGAAGGACCCCAUCGCGCUGAAGAGAUCCCGAGGUGGUGACAGUGGAUUGGAUGGGUUAGGAGGACCAGGAGUUCAGCUUGGAAGCCCUGAUAAGAAAAAGCGCAAAGCAAAUACACAGGGGUCGUCAUUUCCUCCUCCAUCUGAAUAUGCUCCACCACCGAACCCAAGCUCUGACCACCUUGUAGCUGCAAAUCCAUUUGAUGACAACUAUAAUACUGUGUCUUAUAAACCACUUCCUCCAGGAAAUCCAUAUUUUAGUAAUCCUGGUUAUCCUGGCUUUGGAGGCUACAACACUUUCAGAAUGCCACCUCACAUGCUGCCCAGAGUGUCCUCACCCUACGGUGGUUCUUACUCCCUCAGAAACCAACCACAUCCUCUUCCUCAAAACCCUGUUGGCAUGGGUUUUAGUCGACCCCACUCUUUCAGCUUUGGUCCGCAUGAUAACCCAGGUUUUGGGACUCAGCCACCUUAUAGCAGUGGUCAGAUAAAUCAGAAUGUCAAUAUGCCUGCUCAGCAUUUCAGGCCAAAUCCUGGGGAGAACUUCGGCCAUUCUGGUCAGAUACCUCACCCUGAUAUGCCAACUAACUUUGGUCCUGGAAACAAUCCAAAUUUUCCAAAUUCUCAGCUAGAGUCAAACCAUUCUUUUGUUCCUCCACCAAACACAUACAACCAGACAAAAUCGUCAGCACAAAAGCAAGACUUCAGUCAAGGUACAAGCAAAGCAUCCAGCCAGAACACUGCUGCUCAUCAGCAUCAUCACAGGACAGAGGAUGUUGUGAGUCAAGGUAACAAUGACCUGAAAAGUGUUACUCGAAACAAUGUGGUAAAUCAGGAUAACAGCCAUUCUAACAGUGCUGAUAACACCAAUGCUGGCCACUCAAACGGGACUCAGAGCAAAUCCCGCCAGCCUCGAGGUACUGCUGAAGGAUGCAACUCUGAGAAGAGCAGCAAAACACCCCUGCAUCCCAGUCGUCAUGGACACUCGUCCUCUGAACCUGUCUACCCGUGUGGAAUUUGUACACAUGAAGUCAACGAUGACCAGGAUGCCAUCCUGUGUGAAGCCUCUUGUCAAAAAUGGUUCCAUCGGAUCUGUACAGGCAUGACCGAGUCAGCCUAUGGCCUUCUCACGGCAGAGGCAUCGGCGGUGUGGGGCUGUGACACUUGCAUGGCUGACAAGGAUGUGCAGUUAAUGCGCACGAGAGACACUGCAGGACCACCUGCACUGAACACAGAAGGCUGACAGCCUGAAUGCGUGCUCGCGGAGCAAAUACUUGCUAUGAAAAUUCGGUUCCAAAUUGGGUACUUCACUUUCUGCAGACAAUCAGUUGUGUUUGAUUGAUGUCAUCUUUUUUUCCCUAAUCUGUUUUCAUUCAUAAACUUCCAUCUCAGCUUUUGUACUCUUAGUUCUAUGUGUGCAAAUGUUUUACAGGAUGGAAUAUUUUUUGUUUCUGAUUAAACUGCAACUGGCAAUUGAUCGGAAGUAGGAUGAGCAUUGACAAUAUUAGUGAAGGAAAAAAUGUGCCUGUAUGAAUAGCCCUAAUUUGCUAGUGUGUAUUAAUGUGUUAACUAACACUAGCAUUUAGUGCUUGGUUUUAAUGGUACUAUAUUUGCAAGUACUCAUUACUUUGUUUUUUUCUUUUGGCAUGAAUGUCUGUUAUUGAUGUUCUUGCUAGCCUUUCUUUGAAUAUAGUAGAGAUGAUAUGGAGGAAUGUGCAGUACUAAUAGUUGUUAUUUUAGGGUAAAUACAGAGAAUUUUGUAUGUGCUUUUUCCUAUUUUUGAAGUCAAGCAUUAAUGUGCUAUUCAAAAUCAUGAAUUCAUGCUUAGUAACACAAUGAAACCCACUAACUAUUACACGUUUCUGUUUCCUUGAAAAGGCAAUAAUCUCUUGACUUCUCAGCAAUUACUUGCUGAAGGCUCUUGCUAGGUCUUGCAUUAUUUGGAAAUUGUUGUGAAAUAGGAUUAAAUUGGAAAAAGAACACAUCGAGUUUAUGAAGUCCACUGCUUUAAAUCUAGAGAAUGCCAAAACUAGGGUUGCACAUGUAACCUUAAUUCAUUUAUCUUGAGGACAUACCUUGGGAUACAGUCUUUGCAUCUUGUCAUGGUUGUGCAGUCAUGCACUUCUCUCUCAUUCUUUCUCACUGAUGGUUCCAGUCUCCUGCCUCAGUGCUGCCUGAGAAUUGUGGAUGAAGCAGUGCACGGAAAAUCCUGCCCAGCUUCUGGGGCUGUCAGCUCCAGCCUGCUCAGUCACCCUGAAUUUACACAGUGCACUUGGCAUGAAGGAAGGGGUAAGGCAAUGGAGUGUGCUCUGCACAGGCUCCGAAUUGCAUGAUCAUUUGGCUAGCAAAGUCUUUAAACCAAAUUCCCACCACUGCCUGAGCCAGUUUUGCAGUGAGAAGGUGGGAAAUCUAAGGUGAAGAAAGAAAAUACAGCUGUCAUAUCAGGUGAGUUUAGAUCACAUCAGAACUAAGUAGUCAGAAGUUUAGCUCCUUUGCUAAACCUGAUAUCCUACUGACAAGUAUGAAUGGCACUAGAGCUUCAUGUGUAAUGCUAAGAAAUUAAAUUUUAAUAAGGGUAAUUUGAUCUUAUUCUUGAUCUCAAAAAUAACCUUCUUUUUUGAAUGUUGGGAAUCUAGCCUUGAAUAGUUCAGCCUUAGCAGUGUGAUGAAGUUGCAUGUGUGACUGAAAAAGUUUCUUUUGAGAGAAUAUAGUUUUGAAUUAAUAAAAGGAGGCAUGUGAUAACAGAUUCUGCUUGGAAUAUGUACCACUGUGCUGGAAACAAUCUUUAAAUAGCAAUUAAAUCAUAUGUCAAGCUUACAGGUACUAGUCAUGUUCCUUAAUGUGAUAAAUUUUGCAGGUCUGUGAUGAUGAGGGAUAUAGGAGUUUGUAGAGAAUACAGUCACCUAAUAAAGAGGUAGUUUUUAUGGUAAGCCGUGCAAAUGAGUGAAAGUAAGGCCUGUUUGAUAGUUCACCAUCGUGUUUGAUUUCAAUUGGGCUCCACUGUGUACACUGCUGGAAGAUACUGUGCAGAUCUAAACAACUUGUUUUAUUUUAAAAGUGAAAAGUUUUGCUGUAAAAGUGCAGGAGUUUUUGGGUUUUUUUGGCUUUCCUGUCAUCAGGAAAAAGAAAAUAAUAUCUAAAGUGUAAGUGACAUAUUUCAUAUCUUGAGAAUUUUCCUGUGUAGAGAUGUAAAGUGUAAGAUAGAUCCAGAGCUUCUGUGUUCAGCACUAGUUGCUUUAAUUUAGUACAUUAAGUAGACUUAAUCUUGUUUUGUUAGAGGUGUGAUUUUAAAACCCCCAACAAAAUCCAAACAAGCAACAGCCUCUGUUAGAGAGAUUUAUUCUUCAGUAGUUUUCCUAAUGACUGACAGACUUUGAAUUUGCUUUUGGUACCUGAAGUAGCAAUUAAACCAAACCUUGUUUAGGUAGAUUUGUUCCUCUGGGAAUCAGUUUAAUCUCUGCAACAAUUACCACUGUGAACAUAAUGGAGCUGGUUCACACCUACUGUAAUGUAAAUGAAAUGAAAAUUUUGCUCAGUGUAAAUUCAACCAAAGCUCCAGUGAUGAUAUUGUUAUCUUUCCCACUCCCACACCCCAUGCCUCUUGUGAGAAGAUUUUGGGGCAUUUAUUCUCCGAAGUCCAAUUAGUGUUUUAACAUUUUGGAGCAGACAUUGUAUUUAAAUUAGCCAUCUAUUUCUUAAUCUUUUCCUCAACCCAACAUGAAGUUAGGCAACUAUUUUCUAGAUUAGCUGUUGGGACAUUAGUAUUUAAAUAUAGUGUUCUUAAAUACUUAAAAUCAACUGGAAUAUCAUUUUAUAAGGCCUUAAAUUGUGUAUUUGUGAAACUUAUUCUAACAAUUUGUUUUAGGUUUUUCUAAACUGGUAUUGGGUUUGUAACCCAGUAAAUUUUCUGCAUUUAUUAUCCUGUAAGUUCAAGGCAUUAGCAAAUGUCAAUGAUAUAAAAUAAAAACAAAUGAACAACCAACCCCACACUUGUUAGCACACUGAUCCUAGAGAUAGGACUGACAAGGAUCUCCAGAAGUCAUGCAGCCAAUAUGCUUGCCCUAGUGAUAUGCUCUUGGCAUACUUGAACUCUUUAUCUAGAGAGCAGUUAUAUUUUGGUUUUCUCUGCAUGUGAUGACUAAGUAGUAGUUCAAGUAUGCACAGGAAAAACAGCAAUCAUGUUUAAUUAGUAAGGUACUAGGAAAAUGUCAGCUGAUUAGCAUUAGAAGUUAGUUCUAGAAUGAUAGGUGGGAGGGAGGGGGGGGAGGGCUGACUAGAAUAGGUGAGGUUUUUUUGUAAUACAUUAAACAAUUUGUAUUGAACUCUCAUGUGCUUCUUUCAUUACUGGUGAUUUAGACUGUACUGGUGCUGCACACCAAAAAUAUUGCAAAGAUUUUGUAAAUCUUGCAAACCUUAAUAUUUUUAUGGGAAAUGCCUGUGUCCUUUUUAAGUAGUUUCUGGUCAUGAUCAGAAAUGCAGCCUUAUAUUGCUCCCAAAUUUCCCCCCCCCCAGGCUGAAAUAAACAGGUAUAAAUUGGAUUGUGCUGUCCUUAAUAUUUUUUGCUAGUUACCAAUUUUAAAUGAGAAAAUAUGUAAGUGACAGUGCUGGAUACAGACUAGAGGGCAGGUAGCAAAAAUCCUGUUUCUUCCUGUUUUACUCAUUCCUUCUACAACUUGAAACUAGCAGGUUAACUGUGCCUGUCUCUUCUGAAAGAAGAUGGGACUGAUGCUUACUUCCAAAGGUUGUUUAGAGGCCGAGUUAUUAUUUGACAUCUUCAGAUGUAAGAAGCUAGAGAAAAGUAAUGAAGUUCGCUCUACUUAAAAAUAUAAUUUUGGGGGCUGCUCCAAGAGGAUUAUACUUUGUGACCUCUGAGGUUUUUAAUCUAAGAACCAGUUUUUUAAUCACAUUUUCCAGGCUUAAUUGCAAGCAUGUGAGAAUUAAUGAAGUCAGUGAAACUGCAUGCACACAGUCAAGAAUGUUUUAAAGUGUUUGCAGUUUGGGGCCUGUGAUAUUUGCAAGUGAAAUGCUUUUAUGGUUUGAGAUUUUUACAAAAUCAGUGGUGUUAAAAUGUAGCACCUUUUUAGCAUUUGUCUUUAUUCCAACUUAAUACACUAACACAUCUGCAUUAAAUAUAUCCCUUUCAUUUUAUAAAUAAACAUUGCCUGUCAGUACAAGUAUUGGUGUAACAUUUUUAAAAAAGGAAGUCAUGCUUCUUAUCAUGUUGUAUGUGACUUAAAUGACUGUUUCAUAUUAAAACUAAUCUUUCCUUAUGUACUGCUUAAAUAUACCUGUUUUGGGAUAUCAGUUCAGUACUUUUUAUACAAUCUUGAAUGUGUUCCACAUUGGUGACAUGUAUUUUUGCAACAACUUUUUGUUUUGAUUUUAAAUUAGAGCAUGUCUGAUGUAAUACAUGCAUUAGUGCUGUGGUGUGUGACAAAGUUAAUGUAUGUAAUUCAAAUUGGAAAAGUUUCCAGACUUUGUCCAACAUUAACCCUGUGGCCAGGGAUUAAAUUACUAUGUAAUACAAAUUAUUUCAUACCAUGAUGUGUUUUAAGCUACUCUAUGAAGUAUGUGAAACAUUAUUGUUUAUGGAUUGGUAGCUGGUGAGGUAUCUUGCAUAGAAUGAGGUAUGAUAGAUGGUAGCAAUUAAUGAUAAUUAAAACUGAGUACCUUUCAGAACACACAGCACUGAUAUGCAUUAUCAUCCUGUUGCCAUUACUUAAUAUGAAUUUCUUAAUAUUAUCCACUGGUAAAUGGGUGAACAUUUGGUAAUCAGCUUUUGGGUGUGAAAAUUCUAACACUCUUUACUUGUUUUACAAAGCAUAUAAUUUUUUGUAUGUUUUUUUAAGAGGCAUAUAAUUUUUUUGUCUAUUGGAUGUGAUUAGAUAUAUGCAGGAGGAUGUAGCACUGGAUGUAUUUUAAAGUUAUUCUGCAGUUGCUAAGUUUUGGCAGAAGCUUUCUAUAUUAGAAUAGACUCUUCCCUAAAAUUGGAAACUAAGUGUACUUAGCAGAACUCUUUAAGGCAAUAUAACUAUCCUACACUACAUCUUGAGUUAUGCACAUUCACUUGUUUAAGUGGAAGUGAUAACUUCUGCUUUAUAUAGAAGAAAAGAAAGGUCCCUUUAGUGGCCUAGUGCUGUGUGUCAUCAGUUCUGGGGUAAUUAGUUCUGAGUUAUAUUCAGGCCCUCAGAGGUGCUGCCUCUAGCUUGAAGUUUUCAGUGUCACCCUUUGUUUCCUGGUGUAGAAAUGGCUUAUGCCAGCACCAUAGGGAAAAACUAUUUCUGUGUUGUUUACCAUAAAUAAUUUUCCUUUUCAUGUUCAAAGAAACUGUCUCAACUUUUUGAUCCAACCCCAGCUUUUUACUUGGAGACUUGUGUGCUGUAUUUCAGGAAUUGUUAUACUGGAGACAUUUUGGGAUUGGAGUUAUCAGAGUUGUCUGUUCCUAGACACUCUUCUUUUUCUCUACAGAAUGGUCUAAAUCUGAACUUCUAUAUAACUUAAGGAGGGCAAGCUCUUAAUAUAUUAUUUUUUCUUUUUGUUUUUCUUUCUUGAUAGUUUGUUUUUCUGAUAUGUGAAAUCAUAUGAAGUUGUUAGGGAUUUUUAUUUAAGAUGUGGUCUUUCCUCCAAGCUUGUGUUUGUGGCCGUUACAGCCUUCUGACUUGGAAUUUUUUGUUCACAUUCUCCUUUUAGAGUUAAAAGUGAGUAGAAAAAGGCAAGUUACCAAUCUACUGCCAUCCAAACAAUGCAAAAUAUAAGAUGAUUAAGAUUGUUGACAUUUAAUUUUUUUUUUGUUAAUAAUGAUGUGAUAUUUUUACCUUUUAGAAGAACAUAUAUCAGAAUCUGAUUCAAGUGUUCUUGGAAAAAUCUAUAUGGUAGACUUUGUCCAGCACUGUAUGUAACUUUAUUGCUUUCUGUUGUCUGGUUUCAAUUUCUUUUAAAAUAAAGAUAAUUUUUGUGGGGAA